AUGGAAGUUCUUAAAUUUCUCAUUCUUUUGCUGUUUGCAGCAACAGUUGAUUGGAGUGAAGCAGGGUUGCCCAGCUUAAGGCAGGGGAGCUCCUUGAAAGUUGAGGAAGAGAGUGACUUCUUGGUUUCACCAAAUGGAACUUUCUCCAGUGGAUUUUACAAGGUUGGCACCAAUGCCUCUUGUUAUUCAAUAUGGUUCACCAAUUCUGUCAAUAAAACAGUUGUCUGGAUGGCUAACAGAGAUAAGCCUGUUAGUGGAAGAGGGUCCAAGCUAACUCUCCACAGAAAUGGCAACUUGGUUUUGACUGAUGGGGUUGGAUCAAUUGUAUGGUCAACCAACACUUUCUCUAAUGCAGGUGUGGAGGCUCGGCUUCAUGAGACCGGAAACUUGGUGUUGAUCAACCAAGCAAAGGAGGUCCUCUGGCAGAGUUUUGAUUCUCCUACAGAUACUCUUCUACCAUCACAGAAACUUGUCAGGAACACAACCUUGGUGUCCAUGAAAAGUCAAGGUACAUACUUAUCUGGAUUCUAUAACUUCAAAUUCGGUGAUAGUAAUGUCUUAUAUCUCGUUUACAAUGGCCCUCAAUUUUCGAGUGCUUAUUGGCCAAUGCCAGGCGUAAAUGUUUUUGACUUUGGUAGAAAACCUUACAAUAGCUCUAGAGUAGCAAUUUUGGAUGGGGUUGGGGAAUUUAUAUCAAGUGACGGUUUGAUGUUUAAUGCAUCUGAUUAUGGGUUUGGUCCAAAGCGUCGUUUAACACUGGAUUAUGACGGCAUGUUAAGAUUGUACAGUCUAGAUGAAUCAACGGGGCUUUGGGAAGUCUCAUGGUUGCCUGAUGCUGUUGGUGUUUGCCUGGUUCAUGGCUUGUGUGGUGAAUACAGUUUGUGCACUUACAAACCACAACCUACUUGUACUUGCCCUUAUGGUUUCUCCCUAAACGAUCCUUCAGAUAAGUCAAAAGGCUGCUCACCUUUGUUCAAUUUGAUUCAUGAUGCAAACAAGUUGGACUUUAUGGAGCUUCCUAACUCAGAUUACUAUGGAUUUGACUUGGAUACCUAUGCUCUUGGAGUUUCUUUUGAAGCAUGCAGGAAUGCGUGCCUAUAUGAUUCAAGAUGCAAAGGAUUUGGAUAUGCUUUGGAUGGAAGAGGACAAUGUUUCCCCAAAAGUUUUCUCCGUAAUGGAUUUCAUAUUCCUAGUACUUUCAUCAGCAUAUAUAUUAAGAUUCCAAAAUUUUUAAUGAGCACAGAUGAAGUCCUAAGGAAGCUAAAACCAUAUGAACUGAACUGUUCUGCAGCACAAGUUGCUCUCCAACAUAGUGAGCCUGAAGUGGAAAAGAGCAAUAAAACUCGGUUCAUGGAAUACCUGAUUGGCUUCUUAAGUUCAUUUGCAAUCAUUGAAGCAAUCUGCAUUGGUUUGACAUGGUGGUGCGUCUUCCGAAAGCAUGCUCAUGAGGAAUUUGUGAAUAUGGGUUACAUCGCAUUAGCCAUGGGAUUCAAGCGUUUCACUUAUGAAGAACUUAAAAAAGCAACCAACGGCUUCAAACAUGAGGUAGGAAAAGGUGGUUUUGGAGCUGUGUAUAAAGGUGUUCUAGAUGAUGAAAGAGUUGUAGCUGUGAAGAGACUAGAUGGCAUCUUGCAAGGAGAUGCAGAAUUUUGGGCAGAGGUGAGUGUGAUAGGGAAUAUCAAUCACAGGAACUUGGUUAAACUAUGGGGUUUCUGUGCUGACAAUGAGCAUAAGCUGCUCGUCUACGAGUACCUGGAGAAUGGAUCACUGGAUAGACUCUUGUUCAGUUCAGAUGGGGAACUAGGAUUGGAGCAGAGAUACAACAUUGCUCUUGGCACAGCAAAGGGUUUGUCAUAUUUACAUGAGGAAUGCCUAGAAUGGGUGCUCCAUUGUGAUGUAAAGCCUCAAAACAUUCUGUUAGAUGACCACCUUGAACCUAAAGUAGCAGACUUUGGCAUGUCAAAGCUAUUCAAAGACAUCCAUGGCAUGAAAGACAUCCAAGGGAUUGGCUUUUCAAAAGCGCGGGGCACCAGAGGUUAUAUGGCUCCAGAGUGGAUGAUGAACCUGACAAUUAAUGCAAAGGCAGAUGUCUACAGCUAUGGGAUUGUGUUGUUGGAACUACUGAGUGGAAAGAGUGCUUCUAUUAUAGUUUCGGCUCUUGCCAAAGAGUACAAUGAAUGCAACCAGUUGGCACAAUGUGUGACUGAAAAGAUCAGAGAAGAAGGGCUUGAUGAAGUACUUGAUCCUAGACUAGUUGGUGAACUCGAUAAGAAGAAGCUCGAAAGAUUGAUGGAAGUUGCUCUACUGUGUGUUCAAGAUGAUCGCAGUGCAAGGCCAGCCAUGAGUAAGGUUGUGGAGCUUCUACUUGAAAAUGACGAGUAA